GCCCGCAGAUGGCACAGCCCCCUCCAGCGCCCCCAGGAUGAAUUACCUGCGGAGACGCCUCUCAGACAGCAACUUCAUGGCCAACCUGCCCAACGGCUACAUGACAGAUUUGCAGCGGCCUCAGCCCCCUCCGGCACCCCCCAGCGCCCCCUCGCCCGUCCCCUCCCCGGGCAGCGUCUCCCCAGCUGCCCCCAGCCCUGGUGCCGGUGGCGGGGCAGGUGGGUUCUUUUCGUCCCUGUCCAAUGCAGUGAAGCAGACGACAGCGGCCGCGGCGGCCACCUUCAGUGAGCAGGUGGGAGGCGGCAGCGCGGGGGGCGCGGGGCGCAGCCGGACGCUGCUAGUCAUCGACGAGCCUGGCACCGACUGGCCUAAAUUAUUCAAGGGCAAGAAGCUCCAUGGUGACGUGGAGGUGCGGGUGGAGCAGGCCGAGUUCUCGGAGCUGAAUCUAGUGGCUCAAGCCAACGGGGCCUUUUCGGUGGAUCUCGAGGUUCUGCGCAAUGGGAUGAAGGUGGUGAGGACGGUGCACCCCGACUUCGUGCUGGUCCGGCAGCAUGCCUACAGCAUGGCCCCGGGGGGUGACCACCGGGGCCUGGUGAUCGGGCUGCAGUACGCCGGGGUGCCCAGCGUCAAUUCCCUGCACUCCAUCUACUUCUGCGACAAACCCUGGGUGUUUGCCCAGUUGGUGCGGCUGCGCCGGAAGCUGGGGGCCGAGGAAUUCCCCCUCAUCGAGCAAACCUUCUACCCCAACCACCGGGAGAUGACACAGUACCUGCGGCAUGGGGCGGGCUAG